AUGGGUAAAUACGAAGUAGAAAUUCAAGGGUUUAAACUUAAGGUUACUCAUGUUGAUCAUGCUGCUCUGAUCGAUAACAACAUAUCCGUAUUCAAGACCUUAUUACAGAAGCGUCGAGUUGCAGGAAUAGACGUGAAGUUCAAUCACAGGUGCACCAAGAAAGCUGAAAUGUUAAUUCUAUGUGUAGGGAAUCGUUGCCUGGUCAUUCAGCUAUGCCAUUUAGGCUCAAUUCCUGAGAGCUUGAAGAAGUUUAUGAGUGAUGAGACGAUUUGCUUUGUGGGAACAGAAAUGAGCAGCAAAGUUGCGAGUAUUGGGAAGCAUAAUUUACGUUGCAAAACUGGGGUUGAACUGGGGCAUUUGGCUGCAAGGAUUCUGAAGAAGCCGCAUGUAAGUGAAUUUGGAAUAGCAAAGUUAGGUCGAGAAGCUGGUUUGAAUUCGGUUUCUGCAGGAUUUCGUGGGAGCCCUCCCAGCAGCUGGAGUAGUAGAGCUUUCUCAAAUGAGCAAAUUAUGCUUGCCAUUAAUGAAGCUUAUACAUGUUAUGUUGUUGGGAACAAGCUUUUGGGUAUGGUUGAUUGA